AUGGAUGAAAACAACAGUAUCAGUGUUUCGGUGAUUGCACCUACAUUCCCUACUACUAUGGAGACCGAUGCAAAGGCCACGAUCUUCAACGAAACUUUGCUAACGAAAGACGAAAAUGAGGCAACCGCGACCUACGCGAGUUCAUUUGCACUCGUCGUUCUCAGUUUCGAUCGGGCCGAAGCCGUCAUUAACCCGCUCAGAUCAACAAAGAAGACGUGUUUAGGUGCGAUGCGUCGGCGAGACCUGGCCAUUUGUAGUUGGGUUGCGGCGUGCAUUUGUGGACUUCCGGGUCUGGCCCUAGCCCACUUGCGAAAUGACCCCCAACAAGGUCCCAAUUGCUACAUAAAUUUCCAACUCGUUUCUCCAAGGGUUUACCUAACAAGUGUUGCCGUGACCGUAUUUAUACUUCCCGCCCUCUUCAUUACCGUUUGUCACGUCGUCAUGGUAGUCCGUAUAUGGCAAGCUGCCUCCCACAGAGAUCACGGACUGGCAAUCCGUGAAAAUCCGCCGGUGUCAGCAAAGAAAUCUCGACCGGCAGUCGACCACCUCUGCCACGAAUCCUCGACUGCGCAUGCCGACAACAUUGUUGCUUCGGGUGCACAUAUCAAAUGGAGCUCUCGUGGCACCAGCGUCAACCGCGCCACAGCCUCUACUGGGUGCAUUCCACGAGCGAGAAUCAAAACAGUCAAAAUGACUCUUGUCAUCGUAUCUGGUAUGAGUGCGCGUUUUUGCUAA